GCGUCCUUCAGUCCGUCACACGGACCACACACGUCAAGCCGGCGGAGCAUCGAACCAUGAACCGGUUCAUGUGAAAGCAAACCGAUCCACAAGAAGGAAAAGAAGACGUUCUUAUCGGGGCCGUUAAAAUUCAACAGUGGACCGAGUUGCGAGAGCGGACUGAACGGAAUAAAGGGAUUGGGAUAAAAAGAAAAUGCUUUGCGCAGUGCAUCAACGCCAGCUAGUCUUGCUGUUGGCCGCUGCCAUGGCGACGGCGCUGGAUACUUCGCCCAACCUGGCCAGCGAGAGGAGUUCGAUAGAAAGCACGUACGAGCUGACCAAAUACCUGGAGUACCAGCUCAAGGAAAUCAAAGACAUAUAUCUGACCUACCUGGGCCCUCCAUUCAACGAGAAGGACUUCUCCCCUCCUCGGCCCAACAGCACCGCUCUGUCCCUGCCCAGCGCCGCCACCCGCCUGGAGCUGUGGCACGGCCUGGAGAACCAGGCUCGGCUCGCCCAGAACCAGAAGGCCUACUCCGUCCUGCUGGCCGCGGUCCGGGAGUUGGCCCGCUCCACCCUCUGCCCCUCCCUCAAGACCUCCCUGCUGCACUUUUGCACAGGCUUGGACGGGCUGCUGGGCUCCAUAUCUGCGCUGAUGACCACCCUCGGCUACGCGCUUCCUCCUCCCUCCGCUGGCGCCGGCGAGCUGCAGUACCCUCCGAGGGGGCCGGGCGGCGACCGACCCGCUCCGCUGAUGACCCGGAGCCUUUACAGGUCAAGAGCCGGGACGAGGACGACGCCCGGUCAGCGGAAACGUAGCGGAAAGACGCCGGCCCGAGGAGAGAGGGGGGACGACGUCACUGUAGAAGCGGUGGAAAAGAGAAGAGGAAGGGAGGGGAGGAGAGCGGACGCGACCGCAGCCGGAGGAGGUGGUGGCGGCGGAUUGAGGGAGAAGGGAAGAGGAGAAAGAGGGAGGAGGGGGAGGAGGGAAGAGCCGCCGAGCGGGAAGCGGCCCGAAGGAGAGAGAGAAGGGGAGCAGGAGGACGAGCAGCUGGAGCGAGAGGCAGGCGAGGAGGGAUGGAGGAGGCGGAGGCUGUUGAGCGUCGGCGGGGAUGGCGGGGAGGAGGAGGCGCAGCGCGACCCCUGGGCAGAAGGGUCGUACCCGGCUGCGGGCGGCUCCACCUUCCUUCAACUGCCGAGCAAUCAAUACAGCUACAAUCUGAACUCUCGUCACACGGACACACUGAGAGAAGAAGACGGAUUUAUUGUGGAGGGACGCAGGGGCUUGAGGGGUGAGGAGGAGGAGGAGGAGGAGAAGCAAACAGACACGGAGGCCCCUUACUCCACUUUCCAUCACCAGCGUCGGCCUCCUCGCUCCCUCCUCGCUCCCACCCUCCAGCCUCCUCUGUCCACACUGUCCUUACUCUACCAGUUCGGGUCCGGUGAGGAGCACACCCUCCUCCCCCGCCCGGUUCCCCUGUCUUUACAAAGGGGGACCUCCCUCCUUUCACCUCCCCUUUCGACUCCGGUCCUCUCCCCCGCCUCCCCCUCCUCCUCGCUGCUGUCGGUGCGGCCGACGAUGAACGACUUUGCCAGGAAGGUGGAGGGCUUUUGGAUAUUGAGGGAGCUGCAGACUUGGCUGUGGCGCUCGGCGAAGGACUUCAACCGCCUCAAGAAGCGACUCAGAGGCUGAGGCGACGACGCGGAGACGCUCCGAGGGCAGUUCAUCACACAGUCUAUUGUUUGCACCAAAUGAGAGCGAACAAACCCGAGAGCUCGACAGACAAUAGAACAUUAAAGCAUUCAGUCACGCCGUGCUGGAGUAAGUGAAUGAAGAACGAUUUGGGAGCACUGACGGAAUAUAGGACACAUUACGGGCAGCGCCGCCCGGCCCGAUGCACACAGCAGCUCAUUGAGCGGGACACACUGUGGCUGGGCAGAGCACCGGACUGCACGGCUCAUAGAUCAACAGAAAUACCACCGUAGGUGGUUCCACACACACAGGGGGGGGGUAGGCCGAGUGACAAACAGUGUAGCCAUUGAGUUAAAGCCGAUUCAGUGAUCUCCAGAUGUGUGAAUCAGCAAACGUUCAUCUUCUGUAAUGGAAGAAAACUUCUGGAUGGGUGGAAGACAAAAGGAGAGGAGGAAAUGGCCGAAGGGGAUGAAGAGGAGGAGAGGAAGAGGAAGACGGGAGGAGGCGUGAGUCAGGGGGGGUGAGCACAGCUUUGCUGAGUAAUCAGAAGUCUGCUGGUCAGUUACAGUAACCCCACAACAGCGCUACACAUACUGUGCAGACACACACACACACACACACACACACACACGCUUUUGUUUUCACUGCUCACACAUUUGUGCCAAUUUCGUAUUGAUGUCACUGCUGACACACAUGGUUAGCUUGAAGCGUUUUACCAAACGGUACCACAGUUUUGUGUUUUUUGAAAAUAGAGUAUCGGGAAACAUUUAAGCAUUCUUGCUGGGAGUACAAUUGUAAAAUGGGUACCACUUUCAUAUUUGUACACUAAAAUAUGAAUAUAAUAUAAAGACUGGAAAGAAGGGGACGCACUAGCCAGAUAAAACCCCCCUUGAGCACCUUUAAACUAAUCAACAAGUAAAAUCUUGUUUGUUUAAUCCAGACUAAAAACCAUGUUGCAGUAUCAGAACCACACUAAGAAACAAUCCGGCACAUGUAUUGGACAGAUUGUGACAUUUAAGGUGUAUGUUUAUUUAACAUUUUACAUUCAUUUCCAAAAGGCAGAUGUGAGAGUGGAAAUACAUUUUCUAACUAAUCCAUUUAGUAACUUCACACCUCUAAACAGAAAAAUUUGGACACAUUUAUGUGAAUCUUUUGUGCCUUUAGACACAUGAAAUUAGACACUUUUUCCUUGAUUUAUUUUUGUGAAUAAAUCCACUGUUAUGUCUCUACAAUGUGCGUCGGCUGACACGGCUAAAGGUUAUGGAUCAUAUCUCUAUAAUAUUUAUUGAACGAGAUGUUUAUUUAUUUUUCUCCGCGGUGUGAAUAUACUGUAAUGUAACUCAAGAGUGAAUAAAUACGAGCUUUUGUACAGAG